GAGAAACGUCCCUAGUGUGGAGUUUUACGGAUGAAAAGUAUAGGGUGUAGGAAACAGUGUAACAAUAGUUAUAUACCUACAUAGGCCUACAUUGAAUGUUAUUUUGAAGUUACGGUAUGUAUGCUGGGGCUUUCUGUUGCCUACUGACUGUAAACUACGCUACUGAUAUAGUUGCAAAUUUGUAGCCUAGGUCGAUUUCGGACACCGGAAUUUUUUCUUCUUCAACAAAAUCUGGCAACAAAGUGUUUUGAAAUAAACGAGACAAGACUAUAUAACACCAUGUCACUUUGUGACAAAAAUUUGGAAAAAGAUGUGGAUUCCUCGCCAACCCCGACCACAAACUCGAGCUCUAAAAACGGAGAUAAGGGGGACGUCGUGAUCAAUGCGAGGGCAGUGUGCCGCGUUUGUAAAUGUUUAUAUCGCGAGCCUAAAAUUAUGCAGUGUUUACACACCUUCUGCGCAGACUGCGUUCGUCAACUGGAACCAUUUUCGGUGUCUUCGGGCGUACACAAUGGCAAAGCGGUCCCUCUGGAAGGCGAGCAGCCCUCCUCUGCCGUAACCGUUCUCUGUCCGGAGUGUGACUCCGAGGUGGACAUUCCGUUGUCCGGGGUGGACGGGCUGACCACUGACCACUUGGCUCUGGACGAAGUGUUUCUGGAGACGCUGAUGAGCAAGAACUCUGUGGUAUGCGACCUGUGCAGCGACGGGGGGGCAGAGAAGCGUUGUGAGGUGUGCAGUGUCAACCUCUGUGAGUUUUGUAUUCAAGCACACAGGUUAGUGCAAAAAAAUCUAUUUGUAACUCAUGUUCAAUCUUUCAACUUUGUUGCAAGUUGACUAGUCUAGGAUUAUGGUAGGUUCCCGACUCCUAUUUAAACUUUGAGAUAGCCUAUGAGCUGGCGACUUGCCUUUUAUUACAUGAUAGCUGUAGGCAGGUAGGCUACAUGCAAUUACAGGGUAAUAAGUAGGACCAAUGAGUUCACCAUCUCCACCUUCUUUACUCCCCAGGAGACAGAAGAGGACGUCGUCUCACACCGUCCAGUGUCUGGAGGACCUGAAGACCCAGGGUCGUCUCUCUCGGCCCGUCCUGUGCUCCCUCCACCCUGGCCAGGAGCUGCGUCUCUUCUGUGAGCCCUGUGACCUACCUGUCUGCCUGGAGUGUGCCGCCACCUUCCACCGCGACCACCGCUGCCUCCCCACACGUGACGUCAUCGACCGCCAUGGGGGCCGUAUCCGAGAUCUGGUUACCGGGCGCCUGCGUCCACGGCUGGACCAGCUGGAGGAGUCACUGCGGAAGGUGGACCUAUCUCAGGAGGCCUUGCAGGCCAGAGUGGAUGAGGCGGUGGACGAGGUGCGUACCUUCGCAAGGGGCUACGCUAGCGCUGUAGAGUCGCACUGCCUGUUGCUGCUACGGCGCUUAGAGGAGCUGGGUCUGCAGCGCAGGAAUCAUCUCCACCUGCAGAGGGCGCAGCUGCAGCAGGCCCUGAAGGACACCCGUGGGGGGGUGGAGUUCGCGGAGCGGCUGCUGACCUGCGGGUCGGAUGCAGAAAUCCUCAGUGCUAAGGAUGUGACCCUCCGCAGGCUGGCUGGCCUGAUGGAGACGGGCUACAACCCCCACCCAGCAACCAUCACCCCUUAUGACGGUAGCAGUAUCUGCUUCCUGCCACGGGAGAGUGCAGGCGUGGUGGCUGGGUACCCUAUGGUGGGGGUGAUCCACGCCAAGACCCUGGAGCUCAGCAGGUGCACCAUCGAGGGGGAAGGUGAGACCCUGUCCAAGGCCCCGUCCAGAAACAACCCUUAGGCCCUAAGGCCUAUAUUCCCUAGCCCCUACUUCUGAGGCACUUCCCCUGUCCCACUUUUAACAACCUGAAGGCAACCUCUUUAACUAUGUUUAGGAGAUGCUCUUUUACAACAGACCUACGCACGCACGCACGCACGCACACACACACACACACACAAACAUUGCCCUUAGGCACUGAUACAGUAUGUAAAGGAUAAGUAGUGGGUGACAUUCCUGGUCUCUAUGGAAACAUUUCAAGUGGCAGGUAUUUCCUUUGUCAGAACACAGGUAUUUGAGACCCCUCUCUUUUGUUGUGUGGUACUCACACAACGCUCUGUAGCAGCAUGCCCACUGUGAUAGUACAAAGAGCUAUUCCCUGCUGUGGCUAAUGUUUGCCUGCUGAGCUGAGCUGAGCUGGAGAUGCAGGGCUUCAGCAAAUAGAGACUCUCUCUGUGUCAAAGUCAACUGCCACUAGUCAAAUUCAUUUAAAUGUAGUGACAGAUGUCAAUCCAUAAAGCAUGUGUGUGUGUUUGGUCUGUCUGCCUACUACAGGGCCUUGGAGAGUGUUUGUGAGAAGAGUGGAGAAAGAACCUGCAGCCCAUGUCACUGUUUCUUUACAUUCCCAGUUUCUGCGUCUGAGGAUAAGGAUGUAAUAGGAUUAGUGCCCAUGUUUAGCAUUUAUAAACAAAGCCAUAGAUUACACAAGGCUGUAGUAUCUACACAUCAGGAAAUACAGGCUUAAGCCAUUCUUAUCAAUCAUACAGUAUUUACAAAUGUGUGCCCAUGUUAAAACCACACAGGCUCUGAGAUUAGAGAUUGAAGUCAGGGGUUUGGCCCACUGUAGUGUAGGACAGGUGAAGCAGUAAACUGUGUGUUAAGAGCAACAGCUGCUGGUGCAGUGUGACAGGGUGCAUGGCUGUCACCAGAACACACCCACACCCCACCACCAGUGUCUCGAUCAGAGUGGCUUUAUGUGCUUAUGUAUAGACAGAGCUUUCUACUUAAGUACUACCCUAAAAGGUAUUUCAGGGGGAAACAACCUUUGUCAGCGCUGAGAGGGAGGAAUACGUAUGUGUGUGUGUCUCUGUGUGUGUCUGUGUGUGUGUGUGAGAGACUGACCUCUAAACUGUCCCUGCCCCCAGGUGUGCAGCGUGGCAGGGAAGGCCAGAGAGGGGAGUUCACCCUGGUGUGUAGAGACUCUGCUGGGGAGCAGAUGGGUCGUGGAGGGGAAGCUGUCCUGGUCAGCAUGGUCCACAAGGAGAAGAAAGACUGGUGAGGAACCAGAUGAUCUGCAGCACACACAUCUACCCUGUUCUCUGUACUACUGGGUGUGCAGGAUUUCGGAUCUGAUUGAGUUAAUCAAGGUCUUGAUGAUUAGUUGUUAUUUAGUCAGGAUCAUUAUGAGAUGAUGCUGUUAUAAAGGGGUCAUACAUGCUUUGUAAGUUGUACCAUGUGUUAUAACUACAUCAUCAAAUAUAUCUGUUGCUGUUAAUAACUUGUGUCCUCUGCAGCAGAGUGGAGGCGGCGGUGGUGGAUAACAGUGAUGGCUCCUAUUCUGUCUCCUACACCCCCAUGGAGCCAGGGUUCUACUCCGUGUGGGUGUGUGUCAAGACCCAACACGUUAAGGUACUGGACAGUAUUUGAUAAUGAUAAUGACGGUAAUCGUGACAAUCAUGAUUUAGUAAUAAUACUAGUAAACAUGCUUACUUAAUGACCCUGGCAAUCCCUUCACCCUCCAGGGCUCCCCCUUUGUCCUGAAUGUGAAGAGACAGGUCCGAUGGCACCGUGGAACGUUCCACUGCUGUUCCUUCUGCUCCAGUGGGGGUUCUAAAGGGGCCCGUUGUGGCUGCACGGGCACCAUGCCAGGUAGGUACAGCAGACUACAGGGUACUUGGCUAGGUAUGUUUGAAAUGGGAUAGAUAGGUACGCUGAAUCGAAAAUAGACUAUCUGCGGAACUCAAUGGAGAGGCCACAUCUAGUACUGGUGCAGGGAUAAUGCUAGGUAUGUCCUCUAGGGGCAGUAUGCCAAUUAUGUGUAGCAGCGUAAAGGCUACUGAGGGACCGGUACGCUAGGUAUGUGCAGAAUGGGAAAUGUCACAUCAGGUAACAGUAACUCUCUUUACGGCUCUGUGUCUGUCAGUAUGUCCACCAUGACAUUAUGCACCACUGCACCAGACAGAUUUACUAAGCAUUUGCAGAUGUGCACCUGCUAUUUUCCAAAGUGAAUAAAACACAGACGGUCACGGUAGCUUUGCUUUUCAUCUCUUACUCCUUUCUGAAAAUACCAGGUACAAACUAUGAAUUGUACUCUCGCCUUUUGUGUGUGUGCAGGAGGGUUCCAGGGCUGUGGUCAUGGCCAUAAGGGUCACCCUGGUAAGCCCCACUGGUCAUGCUGUGGCAGUACGGUGGAGGCCUCAGAGUGCCUGCCACAGAGUGUGAUAACGGCAGUGGGGGAACAAUAACAGCAGUGGGGGGGACAGGCUCGCCCCGGGGCCACCUCAGGACAGUGGAGCUCUGAGGGACAGGGCCAGGACAACCCUACCCCACCAGACAUCAUGGGUCUACGAAUCAACCCUUUCAGAUGAUGAACGAAAUACUGGGAAAGAAGUGGGACAGUGGGGAUAAAUGUUAGAAGAAAUUAAUGAAGAAAAAGUCAAUAACUUGAAAGGCCGCAGCAUUACUUAUGAAUUUCUAUUUUCUAUUAAAUAUACCCACAAGCUGUAGAUUUUAUACACACUACACAAAACAAUAUUUGUUGUGGUCCACUACUGUAGCUAACUGUUCUGUUUUUUCUAUUGUUGUGCAUGUGCAUGUUACAUCACCAGACUGACUUAGUGCCUUUUAUGUAUUUGAAAGACCCUUAUUUUUAUUGUUAAUAAAUAACACUGG